AGUGACUCAUUCAUUUAGCUCCUUGUUUAUGAUGAGGUAGUUGGGCGUUUUAUGAUUGUGUAUGAUGAAGAUGACCCAGAUUGAUGUGGAAGAGGUUACUCCUCUUCCGUCAUUAGUCCAAGAUAUGGAGCCAACUUCGUUUAUUGUUCCGGCAGUCAUACCAAGUGUUAGACUCAGUCUGUCUGCAGUUUACACGACACUGUACGCAUUGUUGUUUGUCGCAGUGUUGACACAGUUAUUUCUGAUACUCUACUACAGACACAAGAGACUAAGCUACCAAAGUAUUUUUCUAUUCCUGUGUUUAGUGUGGUCAGGACUGCGAACUACACUAUUCUGUUUUUAUUUUGAAUCGAGCAAUGUGAUUUUGGCAAACAAUUUGGGCACAUUCUGGUACUGGCUACUUUACUGCCUUCCAGUGUGCCUGCAAUUCCUCACGCUAUGCUUGUUGGUAGAGUUCUUCACACAGAUGGUGUUCAGAGCUAAGGCACGAUAUGAGCCAAGUAAAUACAAGAAACCAUUUUACAUCAGUCUGGUGGUGGCUAUGCUUGUCUUCACCAUCGUCAACAUUGUGUGUGCGGUGGUCACGAAGACGUAUCAGCAGGAUAUUCACCAGUCUGUUCCGAUAGCCCUGUUCUACCUACGCGUGAUAGUGAACGAUGGCUUGUUCAUCACAUACGGAGUGCUCUUGUCGAUUUCCUUAUACAAGCUCACUAAAACCGCAUCGUCGAACCUGCUGCUAGAAGCAAGAGGUACCACCAAGUGUCAAGCAAUGACGGCAGGUGUGUUUAUCAUACUACUGUACACGUCCAGGGCAGCCUACAAUAUGCUUGUAGUGCUUUCUCAUGAUAGCCGUCUGCCCAACUUUGGGUAUAGUUGGUCAAAUGUGUCUGACCAGGGAGACUUGGUUGGUCAAGAUCCAACUUACGUGUAUGUUGUUUUCGGCGUAAUCCUAUUCAUCUGGGAGUUCCUACCGACACUUAUUGUGAUAAUAUUUUUCAGAGUUAGAAGCCCAGAAGGAACCUUGAGAGCGACGGAAAUUGUUUCGUCUCGGAGUUUUGGCUCAAGGGCGUAUUUCUUCGACAAUCCGCGCCGUUAUGACAGUGAGGAGAGUCUGGUCCCCCAGUCAGGAACACCUAGCUGGUCGCACGACGCUGCGUUAGCCACGUCGCCCUCGUCGCACUCUGUCAACAGUGCCUUGAUGUAUCAGGCCUCGCAGCUGUCGUACGGUAGCGUCGGCGGCUACCCUGGCCUGUGGAGCCAGAGCUACGGCACCCCACCCCACCAAGGCCGGCUGCAUCGAUACCACAGUCAGCAAUUCAGGGACGUUAGCCAAACGCUUUCAGAGUGAGGACGCAUGUGAGAGCGUACAGUAUCAAGCAUGUGAGGGUCAGGUUUCGUGACAAGGUAGCAGGAAAGUACUGUCAGAGAAUAGUGUGUAUACUAUAGUGGUCUAGUAUUUUGAUUAUUUUAUUUUUAUGUUGAAUAUACCAUU